UUUAAAAAGGUGGGAAAGGGAUGAGAUAAAAGCGGCAAAGAGUUAGAUAAGAACCGCAGCAUCACUACACCACACCAUACUCCCGCCCCAAAACCACCACCACCACCACCCAGAAACAAUGAAAACGAUCAGAAACUAACCUCCUUACACUCACUCUCACUCAAACUUCACUCACUAUCACUGUCUCCAUCAUCAAACUCCAAUAAAUUAACCAUCAAAUCCUCACCAAAAAAUUGAAUGAAAUAAUGGAACCUCCCCUCUUCAACGACUCCACAUUCUCCUCCGCCAACCCCUCCUUGUCUGAAAUUUGGCCUCCGGACCCCGACCCCACCACCAGCUCCACCCUCCUUCCUCCGCGCCGGAAAAGAAACCUCCCUCCCUUCUCCUCCUCGAAUGAUAGUUGCGGCAAUAAGCAUGUGAAGUUGGGAGAUUCCGUGGAUGAGUUGAAAGGUGAGCCAGAGAAACAACCACCUUCUCCGCCGCCUCCGCCGCCGCCUAAGCAAGACUACAUACACGUCAGAGCCAGAAGGGGACAAGCCACCGAUAGUCACAGUCUCGCUGAGAGAGCCAGAAGAGAAAAGAUCAGUGAGAGAAUGAAAAUUCUUCAAGAUUUAGUCCCUGGAUGCAACAAGGUGAUUGGUAAAGCACUUGUACUGGAUGAGAUAAUCAAUUACAUACAAUCGCUGCAGCAUCAGGUUGAGUUCCUUUCAAUGAAGCUUGAAGCAGUUAAUUCCAGAUUCAACAUGAACCCCACUAUUGACUGUUUUUCUUCAAAAGAUGUUGGUACUCAACCAUUUGACCUUGCUGGAAUAAUAUUUGGAUCACAAGCAUCCAGGGGUUAUGCCCAGGGAUCACAGCCUGGAUGGCUGCAUAUGCAGAUAACUGGUGGUUUUGAGAAAACAACAUAACACAAGGGAGAUUCAUUGGGAAUGGCAGACCCUAAAAAAAAUCCCUAGGGUUGGUUAGUUUCCAUGCUUUAUUAACAACCUAGUAAAGUGCUGUAGAUUGCUGUAUAUCUAUAUGUCCAUUGUCAUACCAUGUUUUGCUUCACUAUGUUAGCAACUGAAAUAAUCUUCUACUGUAAUACAGUUAUUCUCUCCUGAUUUGUACUUGUGUAAUUGGCAGGAUAUGUAUUCGCAUAUGAAAAUUACCCCUUGUUAUUACAA